AGGCGCGCUGGCUGUCCCAGACAAGUCGGCCUCGGCUGACGUCAGGACGCCUCGCGGGUUCUAGCCCCCCGCCCCGGCCCCCGAGUCCCGCGCGGGCCGGGCGGGGGCGGGGCGUCGGCCAGCUGAGCUAUCCCGUCCGACCGCGCCAGUUUGAAUGAAAGCUCCUCAAGAUGGCGGCGGCCGGGGCCGAGGCGCGAGGAGCUUGGUGUGUGCCUUGCCUAGUUUCACUUGAUACUCUUCAGGAAUUAUGUAGAAAAGAAAAGCUCACAUGUAAAUCGAUUGGAAUCACCAAAAGGAAUCUAAACAAUUAUGAGGUGGAAUACUUGUGUGACUACAAGGUAGUAAAGGAUAUGGAAUAUUAUCUUGUAAAAUGGAAAGGAUGGCCAGAUUCUACAAAUACUUGGGAACCUUUGCAAAAUCUCAAGUGCCCAUUACUACUUCAACAAUUCUGUAAUGACAAGCAUAAUUAUUUAUCUCAGGUAAAGAAAGGCAAAGCAAUAACUCUAAAGGAAAAUCACAGAGCUUUGAAACCUGCCAUUGCUGAGUACAUUGUAAAGAAGGCUAAACAAAGGAUAGCUCUGCAGAGGUGGCAGGACGAACUCAACAGAAGGAAGAAUCACAAAGGAAUGAUUUUUGUUGAAAAUACUGUGGACUUAGAGGGCCCACCUUCAGACUUCUACUACAUUAAUGAGUACAAACCAGCUCCGGGAAUCAGCUUAGUCAAUGAAGCCACCUUUGGUUGUUCAUGCACAGAUUGCUUCCAUGAGAAAUGUUGUCCUGCUGAAGCUGGAGUUCUUUUGGCAUAUAAUAAAAACCAACAAAUUAAAAUUCCACCAGGUACCCCCAUAUAUGAAUGCAACUCGAGGUGUCAGUGUGGACCUGAUUGUCCCAAUAGGAUUGUACAAAAAGGCACACAGUAUUCACUGUGCAUCUUUCGAACUAGCAAUGGCUGUGGCUGGGGUGUGAAAACCCUCGUGAAGAUUAAAAGAAUGAGUUUCGUUAUGGAAUAUGUUGGAGAGGUAAUCACAAGUGAAGAAGCUGAAAGACGGGGGCAGUUAUAUGACAACAAAGGAAUCACAUACCUCUUUGAUCUGGAUUAUGAGUCUGAUGAAUUCACAGUGGAUGCAGCUCGAUAUGGAAAUGUGUCUCAUUUUGUCAAUCACAGUUGUGACCCAAAUCUUCAGGUGUUCAAUGUUUUCAUUGAUAACCUCGAUACCCGUCUUCCCCGAAUAGCAUUAUUUUCCACAAGAACCAUAAAUGCUGGAGAAGAGCUCACUUUUGAUUAUCAAAUGAAAGGUUCUGGAGAUAUAUCUUCAGAUUCUAUUGACCACAGCCCAGCCAAAAAGAGGGCCAGAACUGUGUGCAAAUGUGGAGCUGUGACUUGCAGAGGUUACCUCAACUGAAUUUUCAGGAAAUAGAGCUGAAGAUGAUUGUAGUUUUUUUUCUAAUGUUAACAUUUUAAAAAAUAAGUAUUUGGGACUUUUUUCACAUUAUCAAGAUUAUACACUAUGUUAAUUUACAAUUCAUGUUUCACACGAUUGGCCAAAUGCAUUACUGAUGUUUCUGAAGAGAGGAACACAAGGUCACAUAGACUAAUUUGAAAUAUACAUAUUCAGUGGUUAGAUGCCAAAUAUGAAAGGAUUAUAGAUUAGCAUAUAUACACUUAAAAGGUCUGUGUGAAUAGCAAAUGCCUCCUUCAAUGUUUAAGUGUUAAACUGAUAAUGUAAGAGUCACUAAGAUGAAACAUCGAACUUGCCAUACAUCUUGAAUUUAGAGAAAUAGAGUUAAUUCAUUUUGGGCAAAUAUACAAGCUCUAUUUUUGUUAUUAUGUUGUCAUUCCUGUUUAUCUACUUACUACUCAUUGUUCUUGUAUUUGAGACAAAUAAGUUAUACUGAAUUAUACUCUAUUUUCUACUUUCAUUAAAACAUUGGGAUCUUAAUAUACAGAAAUUUAAGUUCUAUAAUUAAAUGUAAAAAAAUUUUAAUUACAGCUUGAUUUCAUAUUUUGAAAGACUCAAGACCACUAGGAGGGAUGGUUGUCUGAACCAGUAAUUCUUAAAGAUUUUUUAAUCCUGUAUAAGAAAAAUAUCCAAAAUGUCCUCCCUAAAAUUCUGGGACACCUGGCUAUUACGCUUCUUUGAAAGGAUGAGGCGGUGGGACCAGGAGGGUUUUUUUGGAGUGCCAGGCAGGGGAAAUGGAGCACUUGAAGGGCCCUCUUGAUAAGAUGAAUUAGGAGGUCCAUGCUGAGUACCUCUGGUCUCCACAGUAAAAUAGGAUUGUCCCUGAGAGCAGCUGCAUCUAGUGGUAAUGUUUUUCAUGAUAAUUAACAUCUGAAUUUCAGGCAGUUUUAACAUUUCCCUUCCACCAGAUGUAAUUAUUUUUAUAUUUCCUACAAGCCCUUCUUAAGAAGUAAUCUAUAUUUUGAACUGAUACUUCCUUUAUAUAUGAAUUUUUUCAGUGUGAUAAAGCUAAACUUGGCUUGGCCAAAGUGUGUGUCUGAAUUAUAAGACCAUUUAUUACUUGAACUUUUAAGACUGAAAUGAAAUAUUUUCAUUUUUGUGAGUUUCCUGUUGUUUUGUUCUUUUUUUUUUUUUUUUUCCCUACGUAGUGAAACCUCAGCCGGAUAAAACUGCAUUUUCAUCUCUUUCUGAUCCUGGGAUUUCUAAUCAUGGUGUCCAAAAUGAAGGUGAAUGUAGCAGAUAAGUCUAGCUUAUGUUAUUCCUAAUAAAAGAUGUGCCUAAGCUCACUGACCAGGGCUUUAAUGACCUACAGUAAGCUUGGGUAAAACUGAACUGACCUCAAGAAUGCAGCACUUCACAUCUUCAUAAUCCCUAACUCUUAUUUUGGGAGAAGCUCCACUUUGUUAUAUUGCUAUCAGAGAGGACUUUGCUGUUUCAUAAUAUAGGGUACACUGUUCACAUGUUUGGAACUUCAGAGUAUAUCUGCUUACCAAAAUUUGCAGAUGUCAAGGGAAAAAAAAUAUUUUUUAGUGCCAUUUGUUUUUCUUUAUGAAAAAAUAGUCAUGAGAUGUCAGUAGUUUAAAAAAGCGUCAGAUAUUACAGGCUUCUCCCAGUGGCCAAACUUACUUUGAAUUAUCAUUUUGAUGGGUUCAAAGAUGUAACAUUGUUGUUAAAAAGUCAGUGUUUUAAUGUCUAGUUAUUUGAUGUAGUCUACACAUGGUGUUAAAAAAUGUAAUACUGGGAGUUCUCUGUUGGUUCAGUGGGUUAAGGAUCUGGCAUUGUCCUUGCAGCAGCUCAGGUCUCUGCUAUGGCAAGGGUUUUUGAUCCCUGGCCUGGGAACUUCCAAAUGCUGCAGAUGCAGCCAAAAAAAAAAAAAAAAAAAAAAAAAAAGUAAAACUGGAGGGCAAGGGGAAAAUGACUAUUUUGGGUAAAUUCGUUUUGUCUUGUUCUUAUUAAUAGAAAUGUAAUGAGCCUUUGCAGUUUUAAAUAUCUGCAUUACCUUAAGUUGUUAAAAAGUUGAACUUAAGAAGUAAAAUGAUAGAAACUAUUUAAAUGAAGUGUUUAGGAACUUUAACUGUUUUAAGUCAACGUUUAGCUUCUCUAAAUUAGUUUUCUAAGUUGUCAGAAUUUGUUCUCAGUAUAAUGCAACUAUUCAAGGGUAAUAGAUCAAGUUUAAACUGUAAAGUAAUUCACUGUACAAGUUGUAUUGGUACCCCAUUGUUUUCAUUACCUGCAGGAGAGGAUUGUAAUAUACAAUUGGUAAUCUCAGGGUUUUUUCCCCCACAUAUGCACAAAAUCUAGACUGCACUUAUUUUUCUUACAGUUGAACAAUUUCUCUUUAGCAAAAUAAAUUUAGUUUGGCAUUUGA